CAAGACGCUGUCGCCAGCGCAAAUCCGUCAGUUGCCAUGAGACCCGGACCUUGGCGUCGCCAUAAAUGGUAUAUCAGGGCCGAGUCCCAUCUGGUCUGAUCUGAUAAGUUUCUGAUCGUCAAUUGACUGACUCUGUAUCUUUGCUGUUUACUUUGUUUCCGUUCAACAUAUACCCUCCAUAUAAUAUCCAAAAUGUCUGGCCCUGGUGUUGGUUUCGAGUAUCCCUCUCGCGAGGUGAGCUGGCUCAAGCGUGAUGCUCUCCUCUUUGCCAACUCGAUUGGCUGCACCUCGGAGGAGCUUCACUUCCUCUACGAGCUCGACCCCAACUUCGCUGUUUUCCCCACCUACCCUGUCAUUCUCAUGUUCAAGGAGACGCACCCCGAAGUAGUCGACUUCUACGCCGCCCAAAAGUCCGUCACCAUCCCCGGCGUCCCCGUCUUCGACCCCACCCGCGUCGUCGACGGCCAGCGCCUCCUCGAGUUCCUCAAGCCCCUCCCUACCUCCUCCGCCGGUCGGAAAUUCGAGGUCCGCACCAAGGUCCUCGGUGUCUACGACAAGGGCAAGCCUGGGACCGUCGUCGAGACCCAGACCGACCUCGUCGACGCCGAGAAGAACGAGUCCUACGCUCGCGUUACCACCUCUUCCUUCUACGUUGGCCAGGGCAACUGGGGCGGUCCCAAGGGCCCUGCCACCGUCAACUUCCCCCCUCCCGAGGGCAAGAAGCCCGACCUGGUGCUUGAGAACCAGACCACCAACGAAACCCCGUUGCUGUACAGACUCAAUGGCGACUACAACCCCCUCCAUGCCCACCCGGAGCCUGGUGCCAAGAUGGGUUUCGGUGGUGUGAUCAUCCACGGCUUGUACUCGUGGAACUGGGCGUGCCAUGGCUUGCUGCAGCACCUCGGUGGCAGCAACCCUGCCAACUUCAAGGAGUACCAGGCUAGAUUUGCGUCACCGGUUAGACCCGGUGACAAGCUCAUUUUGGAGGCGUGGAAGACUGGCGAGUUCAAGGGCGAGUGGGAGGAGAUCAGGUUCUUGGUGAAGAACAGCCACGGCAAGGUUGUGCUAAGCAACGGCCGGGCGCUCAUCAAGACUGGCGCCAAGGGCAAGUUGUAAAGUUAUGAUGCUGUGUAUAAUUUUGGAUAAAAAGCGUAAUGAGAUAUGUUGGACAACCAAAACUUGUUAUGA